AUGAAACAUCCACUGUUGAGUUUGGCAUUGACCUGUCUAUACUUGCUUCAUGCUUCAGCCCUUGUCAAUGUUCAGCCAGACUUCGAUAUCACAAAGUUUGCUGGAAAAUGGAACCUCAUUGCAAUGGCUAUGAAAGAAGGUCAACCAUCAGAUGUCAACAGGAUUCAUACUACAGUUGUGUCGGAUAAUGAUGGAGUCAUCGCUUUCAAAACACGGGUUCCAGUAGGGAAGGAGUGUAAAAGAUUGCAGACUCGUUUUUUCCCAGAUGAGCAGCCUGGAAUAUACAGGACAGAUCUAGGGAAGACUACCAUUUACAUCAUGAAGACAGAUUACGUCCGUUACGCCAUUCUUUUCAUUUACACAAAAGAAAUGGAGGUCCUGCACCUAUACGGUGCUGGCAACCCACGCUAG